AUGAGGAUGUCGCAUGAUACUAGGGCUUGUCUGAAUCGGUGGGGAAGGCAACAGAGCAUAGUUGAACCGGCGGCUCGACACAGGGAGCAGCAAGACGGGCAGCGACAGAGAUCUCUUAAGGUGGAGCCUGUCCGACCAACCAGAACCCGAGAGAACCAAUCCAAACGACGCGGCGGCAAACCGGGGGACAAGGGCUCACCAAAACCGCUCCGCCGUGAUUUGAUGAAGGAGUUGGGAGAGGCCCAUGACGGAGAAGAGAGAAUUCUAAGCUCUCGACUAAGGAGUGGGUGA